AUGAAUCCCGAAAAGAAGAAUGAUGAUGAAGCCUACGAUCCCUUCAUGGGAGUGGACAAAGGUUCGGUGCUCCAGGAAAAGAGGAUCUUCAACGAGAGCCCGAUCAAUCCGCGCAAAUGCUGCCACCUCAUUACCAAGAUCCUCUACCUUCUCGGUCAGGGCCAGACUUUCACCAAAACAGAGGCCACCGACCUCUUCUUCGCCACUACCAUGCUUUUCCAAUCUACUGAUGUGAACUUGCGUCGCAUGGUCUAUCUCGUGCUCAAGGAGCUCCUGCCGUUGGCCGAAGACGUCAUCAUCGUCAUCAGCUGCCUCACUAAGGACAUGAACAGCAAGACCGACCUCUACAGGGCCAACGCCAUCCGCGUGCUCUGCAAGAUCAACGACGUCGCCAUGCUGGGCCAGGCCGAGCGCUACCUGAAGCAGGCCAUCGUCGAUCGCGAGGCCUACGUGGCCAGCGCCGCUCUCGUCUCGGGCAUGCACCUCAUGAAGGGCUCUCCCGCUGGCGUUGACAUCGUGAAGCGGUGGUUCAGUGAAGUGCAGAGCGCGGUGAAGAGCAAGUCGACCAUGGUGCAGUACCACGCGCUGGGCCUGCUCCACCAGAUCAAGCGCAACGACCGCCUGGCCGUCUCCAAGCUGGUGUCGGAGAUGACCCGCAGCCCUGUGCGCUCGCACUACGCGCACUGCCUCCUCAUCCGAUACACAUGCCAGGUGCUCGAAGACGAGUCCGACGACACGGAGCGCGGUCGUCUGUACGACUACCUGGAGAGCUGCCUGCGACACAAGAGCGAAGUGGUGAUCUACGAGGCGGCGCGGGGCAUCUGCGGCCUGCGUACGGUGUCCUCGAAGGAGCUGACGCCGGCGGUGGCGGUGCUGCAGAUGUUCCUGAGCUCGCCCAAGGCCAGCCUCAGGUUCGCGGCCGUGCGCACCCUCAACAAGGUGGCCUCGACCCACCCGCUCUCGGUCACGGUGUGCAACCCGGACAUGGAGAACCUGAUCGGCGACGUGAACCGCUCCAUCGCCACGCUGGCCAUCACCGCCCUGCUCAAGACGGGCGCUGAGACCACGGUCGACCGCCUGAUGAAGCAGAUCACCAACUUCAUCAACGACAUCUCCGAUGAGUUCAAGAUCGUCGUUGUGGACGCCAUCAAGACCCUGUGCCUCAAGUACAAGCAGAAGCACCGCACCCUCAUGACCUCUCUCGCCAACAUGCUCCGCGACGAGGGCGGCUACCAGUACAAGAAGGCCAUCGUCGACGCCAUGCUCACCAUCAUCGCCGCCCUUCCCGAGGCCAAGGAGCCCGGCCUCGCCCACCUCUGCGAGUUCAUCGAGGACUGCGAGUUCACGCAGCUGUCGACGCGGGUGCUGAACCUGCUCGGACGGGAGGGACCGACGACGUCGUCGCCCUCCAAGUACAUCCGAUACAUCUACAACCGCCUCACACUCGAGAGCGCCAACGUGCGCGCCGCGGCCCUCUCGGCGCUGGCCAAGUUUGCGCUGGGCCUGCCCGCCCUGCGUCCGUCGAUCUCGAUCCUCCUCUCGCGCUGCCUGCACGACAGCGACGACGAGGUGCGCGACCGGGCCACCCUCUACCUGCGCCUCCUGCAGCAGGACCAGGACCUCGCCCAGACGCUCAUCCUCGACUCGCUGCCGGUGCCGCUCGACAACCUCGAGCGGUGCCUCAAGGAGUACGCCGCCAACCCGUCGGCGCAGCCGUUCGACAUCGCCGUCGUGCCGGUCACGCCCAUCGCGCCCGAGCCGUCCGAGCUGCUGCGAAGCAAGUACGGGUCGUCGCAGGGCUUCAGCCCCGUGUUCAAGCCCGACGCCGACAGGCCGGCCGCCGCGCAGCUGCCCGCCAUUCCGGAGCUGGCGGCGCUCGGGCCGGUGUUCAAGUCGUCGGCGCCGCAGCAGCUGACCGAGUCGGAGACCGAGUAUGUGGUCAACUGCGUGAAGCACAUCUUUGCCGAGCACGUCGUGUUCCAGUUCAACUGCACCAACACGCUCGACGCCCAGGUGCUGGAGAACGUCGUCGUCAAGAUGGACGCCUCGAGCGCGCCCGGCUUCAGGGUCGAGUGGGAGCUCGAGGCCAGCAGCCUCGUCUACGGCGUGCCCGGCGCCGCCUACGUGUGCGCCAGCCACGACCCCGAGGCCUACCCGACGGGCUCCUUUGGCAACGUGCUCAAGUUCCAGGUCAAGGACGUCGACCCGGCCACGGGCGAGGCCGACGAGACCGGCUACGAGGACCAGUACCCGCUCGACAACCUCGACGUCACCGUCGCCGACUACAUGAAGAAGACCUACUGCACCUCGUUCAAGGACGAGUGGGCCGCGCUGGGCGAGGACAACGAGCUCGUCGAGAUCUUUGCCCUCUCCACCAUGAAGUCACUCAAGGACGCCGUCAACGAGAUCAUCGACUUCCUCGGCAUGCAGGCCUGCGACAAGACCGAGGUCGUCCCGCCCAAGCGCACCAAGCACAUCCUCCUCCUCAGCGGCUCCUUCGUCGACGGCAACGCGCCCGCCCUCGUCCGCAUCCGCAUGAAGAUGGACGACUCGGCCCCCGGCGUCUCCAUGGAGCUCACCGUCCGCUCCACCAGCCCGCUCGCCUCCCGCCUCCUCUCCUCCGCCUUCUAA